UGUUGAAAAUGAUAAGUGCCACGUGUCAUACAUCUAUAAAACAAACCGGAUAUAACUGGACUCAUAAAGGAAGUAGGGCAGAUACCCAAACGCAAAAUCUUCUUUCCUUUUUAAUUUCGCGUUUCAACUGUUCCGUCCCAAACCCUCAAACCCUAGACAAAGAUGGCCUCAAAACGGAUCAACAAGGAAUUGAAGGAUUUGCAGAAGGAUCCUCCUGCUUCUUGCAGUGCUGGCCCUGUCGCGGAUGACAUGUUCCAUUGGCAAGCCACAAUUAUGGGCCCAGCAGAUAGCCCAUUUUCUGGAGGUGUGUUUCUUGUGCAAAUUCACUUCCCUCCAGAUUAUCCUUUCAAACCACCCAAGGUAUCAUUCCGCACAAAGGUUUUCCACCCUAAUAUCAACAGUAAUGGUAGUAUUUGCCUUGACAUCCUCAAAGAGCAAUGGAGCCCUGCCCUGACAAUAUCCAAGGUUCUACUGUCUAUUUGUUCUCUGCUGACUGAUCCCAACCCAGAUGAUCCUCUGGUCCCUGAUAUUGCUCAAAUGUACAAGACUGACAAAGCUAAGUAUGAGGCUACUGCCCGGUCAUGGACCCAGAAAUAUGCCAUGGGUUAGGGCCACCAGCUGGGCAAGAUAUUCUACAUUUUCUCUAUAUUAGUAGUAAAUAAAUAGUCUUGAACUGAUCUACAACAAAUGUGAAAAACUUUACUGUCCUUGCUGUCACCUUGAACUGUGUAGUAUUGGAAAGCAGUUUCGUAUUAUAUGAAUUUAUGAACAGAACUUGCAUAUAUAUUCUACAUCUACUUUAUAUAGUUUACAUAAAAGUUUCUCUCGAUGAA